AUGGACGGAAACACGUGCCCCGUGGACUGCAGCGCGCCGAAUCCGAACGGGCAGGAGUUCGACAACCUGUACCUCGACAUGAACGGGAUCAUCCACCCGUGCUUCCACCCGGAGGACCGCCCGGCGCCGACGACGGAGGAGGAGGUUUUCGAGUGCAUCUUCGACUACAUCGACCGCCUGUUCGCGAUGAUUCGACCGAGGAAGCUGCUGUACAUGGCGAUCGACGGCGUCGCGCCGAGGGCGAAGAUGAACCAGCAGCGCAGCCGUCGAUUCCGCGCCGCGCAAGAGGCGCAGGAGAAAGAAGAGGAGGAGGAGAAACUUCGCGAGACCCUACGAGCGGAAGGGGUCAAAGUCCCGGAUAAGGUGAAGAGCGAGGCGUUCGACUCGAACGUCAUCACCCCCGGGACGCCGUUCAUGGGGAGACUUUCCGCGGCGUUGCAGUAUUACGUCCAUCAACGCUUGAACACGGAUCCGGGAUGGAGGGGCGUCAAGGUCAUCAUGUCCGACGCGUCCGUCCCGGGCGAGGGCGAGCACAAGGCGAUGCACUACAUCAGACAACAGCGAGGCUUGAACGGGUUCGAUCCGAACACGCGGCACGUCGUGUACGGCCUAGACGCGGAUCUCAUCAUGCUCGCGCUCGCGACGCACGAGCCGAAUUUUCACAUCUUACGCGAAGUCGUGUUCCAGAAGAACGCGCCGCCGCCGGACGUCCCGUCGACCCGGGAUCAGAUCAUGGGCGAAGGCGCGCCGGGGUCGAUGUACGGCGGGAACCGCGGCGGUCCCGGGCCUGGGUUGUCGCAGGGCGCGCACAGGCUGUUACAGGCGAGCGUGCACGCGGGCGUCGGCGGCGGCGGCGCGAGCGGCGUGAUGCAGUACGGUCACCACCCCGGACCCGGACCCGGAGGGAUGCCGCUGGGGGGACACCGCGGGCCUUACGGCGGCGGGCCGCCCCUGGCGCAGCAGGGGUACCCCGGGCCGCCGCCGCCGGGACCGCCGAUGAUGUACGGGCAUCAGGGGCAGCAGUACCCUGGGCCGCCGCAGAUGGGAGGGUUCCCGGGUCCGCCGCCGCGCGGGCAGCAGUAUCCGGGGUAUCCGGGGCCGCCGGGGCCGCCUCGCGGCGGCGGGAACAGUUUCGCGGCGCUGGGGAACCUGCCUCCGCGCGGGGGGAACAACGAUCCGCGGUAUACCCGGCGGUGA